GAAAAAAGACCCCCCAAAAAACUUAAUGUAGCAAGUUGCAAAUUGAACAAAGUUUAGAGAUUUGUUUUCCUUCUUUUUUGUAUAUAUAUAAAACCACAAAGGGCACUUAUUUUUAGUUCCAUUUAUAUUUUCUGCUCCUAUAGGUCUCUCUCCUAUUCUCCUCUCCUAUUAUACACACAAGCAGCAACAAACAAUGGCCGACGAUGACUAUGAGAUGGACGGAGGAUACAUGGACGAGCCAAUGGAUCCUGAGCCUGAGGAAGGAGCAGAGAUUGAAGAAGAUAAUGCCAACAAUGACGACAUUCCAGACCCCCUGUUGGGUGAAGGUGCGGAAAAAACAGAGCAAGAGCCUGUGGAACGACCUAGGAAGACAUCAAAGUUUAUGACGAAAUAUGAGCGUGCAAGAAUCCUGGGCACCCGUGCUCUCCAGAUCAGCAUGAAUGCUCCUGUGAUGGUUGAGUUGGAGGGGGAAACCGACCCACUUGAGAUUGCAAUGAAAGAGCUUCGGGAGAGGAAGAUACCAUUCACAAUUCGUCGCUACUUGCCUGAUGGAAGUUACGAAGAUUGGGGAGUUGAUGAAUUGAUUGUUGAGGAUUCAUGGAAGAGACAAGUCGGAGGAACUUGAUAGCUCAAGUGCUGCUUAGUGAUUAUUUGUUGUUUUUGGUUGUCGUACUCUGCUGAAUUUUUGCUAACAUAGUAUCACCAAUGCUAUGAAUGUAUUAAAGUAAAAUCAAGUGCUUAUUCGUACAUGCUGUUUGGUAGUACAAGUUCUAGUGGAUAUGUAAUUGUCGUAACUUGUUAGUGUCAACUGCUUGAUCGAUCCAGGCUCUGAACUUGGCAUGCCUGCUGAUGUUUUGUUUGUGAUGGGGAUAAUUGCCAGUUGGAUCCUGAGACUCCUGAAGCUUGUUAAAAAGAAGUGGCUUGCUCA